GUCGUCAUUUCAAGUUUAAUUUUGACACGUUGUGCCAAGUAGAAGCUCUCAAAAAUAAUUUAAAAACGUAAAUUUUAUGAUAUGGGCCAAAAAUUCCAAUACGAUGAGAGCGGUGGAACCUUUUUCUACUUCCUGUUAUCAUUUCUAGCCCUAAUCUUGAUUCCGGCUACAAUCUACUACUGGCCCAGGAAAAAAAAGCGAGAUCUAAAUGCCGAAAACAGAGAAUGCAAAUGCCCAGGGUGUGUCUCAAAAAGAGAGCACCUAAAGAAAGCAGAGCCCUGGAAAGGGCCCAGAAACUUCUUCAUAAAACUAGUCAUAAUAGCUGGGUGGAUCAUUUUGAUCUUAUUGGCCUACAAAGUAUCUCAGUUUGACUAUGAAAUGGCCAAUUUUGAUCCCCAUGAAAUACUUGGCAUACCCCUUGGAGCUGGUCAAACUGAAAUCAAAAAGGCUUACAGGAAGCUGUCUGUCAUUCUCCAUCCUGAUAAGAAAGAUACAGGGAAUGAGAAAGAGUUCAUGAAAUUAACCAAAGCAUACCAGGCGCUCACAGAUGAGGAGGCUAGAAGAAAUUGGGAGAAAUAUGGUAACCCAGAUGGACCAGGUGCUAUGAGCUUUGGGAUAGCUUUACCCUCAUGGAUAGUUGAAAAAGAAAACAGUUUCUGGGUGCUUGGACUGUAUGCCCUUGUCUUCAUGGUUGCAAUGCCAAUUGUGGUUGGUACAUGGUGGUACCGUCAAAUAAAAUUCACAGGUGAUCAAGUGCUGCUAGACACCACACAAUUGUAUUAUUACUUUUUCAAUAAAACUCCCAACAUGGUUUUGAAAAGAGUCAUUAUGAUUUUGGCAGCCAGUUUGGAAUUUGAUAAGAAAAAGAAUCCAGAGAUUGUUGAACGUGAAACUGAUAAUGAAGAAGUUCCUCAGCUAAUUAAAAAACUGCAAAAUUUGAGUGAAAAGAAUAAAGAGAUACCACUUUGCUAUUUGUGGAGCAUCAAAGCACGUGCUAUAAUACAUGCUCAUUUAAGCAGGAUACCCUUGAACCCCAAUACUUUGGAGCAAGAUAGGAAGUAUAUAAUUGGAAAAUGUCCUUAUUUAAUUAAUGAACAGGUCAAUUGUGUCAAUCAACUGAUUAUGUUGGCAUAUGCUGGAAGAAUUCCAAAGUUACCCUCGAUCGAGACCGUCGAAAACUGUAUGAAAUUGUGCCCGAUGAUAGUCCAAGGCCUCUGGGAGUUCAAAUCCCCCCUGCUUCAACUGCCCUACAUCAACGACGACAACUUGAAGUACUUCAUGUCCAAGAAGCGGCAGAUCAAGACGCCCCAGCAGUAUGCCCAACUCAAAGGAGAAGAAAGAAGAAAUAUUUUGAGGAAUCUCACCGACGAAGAGUACGAGAACGUGGCCAAAGUGCUCGGAAGAUUGCCGUACAUAGAUUUUCAGACUCAAGUUGAAGUUAUGGACGAUGACAAUCCGAAAGACGUGACCGCCGGCGCCAUCGUCACCGUGACCGUGACGUUGGUGAGGCGGGACAUGAGCACCCUGUUCGGGGACGAGACCGUCCAAGAGGCCACCCUCAUCGCCGAGAACGGGGCGGAAGACGCCCCCAAGGAGGGCGAGGCGGUGGAGAGUGCUGCCAAGAGGCCCGCCUGGCUAAAGCAGAAGAAAGGUGGUAAGAAGACGAAAAAAUCCAGCAAACCGGCCAACAAGGUGGCGGCCACAACAAAACCGAAAGUGGAAGAGUCUCCGACACCUAAUUCCGAUAGGAAGCGGGAAAAACCCAAACCGAAAGAGAUCGUUGGAGAUGGAGAAGAAGACGAUACAGACGAGUCUGACGAAAACGAUUCAGACGUCGAAAAUAACGACAAAUCGUCGGCGGAUGACGAAGUCAGCAAGUCAAAUGAGGAUGACGAUCAGGAAUGGGAAAAGUUCCAGAAAAUCCACGACCGAGAUAAAUCCCUAGAGGGCAAAUCGAAAACUUCUCGGCCGGUGCAUUGUCCCCUAUACCCUCUCAAUAAACAGGAAUAUUGGUGGACAUAUAUAUGCGAUAGGAAGUCGAAGACUCUACUAACUGCCCCCUAUCACGUGACUAGUCUCGUAGAAAAAGAAAUUGUUCAUUUGAAGUUUACUGCGCCUAUUCGACCAGGCGUUUACUCGUUCACCGUCUGUUUGCGUUCAGACUCGUAUAUCGGCUUCGACCAGCAAAAAGACAUCAAAUUGGACGUCAAAGAAGCUCCUGCAGAAAUCACGGAGCACCCGCAAUGGGAGUUCGAGGAUUCUGAGGAGGAAGAUCAGGCUGAGAAUAACGAUAGGGAAUCGGAGUAUGCGACUGAUGAAGAUUUGCCUGAUGAUGACUAGGUUAUUCUGUUGUUGAGUAUUUGCGCUGAAGUUGAGGUAUUUUACAUAGAGAAAAAUGGGGGAUAGGUAAAAAGGGUGAGAUGAAGAGAUUUUCAUCAUGUUUUUUUCGUGGUCCAUUCUGGGUUGGGAAUAAGGAAUAUUUUGAUAUUUUAUUGUGUGUGAGUCUGGACAAAAAUUAAGAAAGACAUUUUCACUAGUGAUGGGCCCCCUUUUUUCAUUAUGAAAAUAGCAUCUUUUAGUGUUGUAAAAUACAGAUUUUGAUAUACAAAAUCACGACUGUUGAAAGUUAUUCUGUAUAUAUUUUCGAGAUGUUUCUAUUCUGAAUAUGAACUGUUUUUUUUUUUUUCUUUGGACUAGAAGUACAAACAUUUAUAUUUAUACUAUAAUUCUAUAAUUUAUUAUUAAUAAAGGGUGCAAUUUU